AUGUUUUCGUGGUUUAGAGGUCUAGCCUUCAGCUUGGGCCAGUUCUUGGGUCAGGUGGGAGGCAGCUUGGCUUCCCCCACUGGCCAAGUCUCCAGCUGCAUCAUAGAUAUGCCUGUGGAGGUCUCCAAAGCUGUGGAAGACAGUUCACUUCGUUGUUGAAGAAAGAAAAUUGAAGCCACAGAAUCAAGGUUGAGAUCAGAGAAUACAAGACUUAAAAAGUAUUGUACUGAUCUGGAAAAAAAAGAUGAAGCAUCACAGAUUCAAAUAAACCUUCAAUCUACAAGUUACCAAAACCAGCUGCAACAGAAACAGGUAGACAUCAGCCAUCUUCAAGCAAGCCAGAUGGCACUACAGGAGCAGAUGUUGAGCCUGCAGUCAGCUGCUCAAUCAGUACCUUCAGAAGCCAGUGGUGUACCAGCAACCAGCGCACCUCAUUCAUUCGGUUAUGGACUCAGCCAGUAUUUGUCACCUUUCCAUGACGAUGCCAAGGACUUUAGUUACAUAAUUUCAUCACAACAGGAAAUAAACAGAUUGAAAAAUGAAGUUUCAAGACUUGAAUGUGAAGUUGGCCAUUGGAGGCGUAACACGCAGGCACAAGGAACAAAUGAGUCAGAUCAAAGUGAAAUCAGCAAACUACACCAUACAAUUAAGGUACUGGAACAAAACCGAAGUCAGGACAUGGAUCAUCACCAACAUGAAAUGUCCAUUUUGCAGAAUGCACAUCAACAGAAACUGGCAGAGUUAAAUCACCAGCAUCAACAGGAGUCAAAUGACUAUGAAGGACGGAUCGCAGAACUUGAAAAGCUGUUACACCAAGGUGACUCAGGAGUUACAGUCACUGAUGAGUCUCAAGUCUGGGAGAUGCAAAACACUAUUCAGGUUCUACAAACUGAAAAACUAGAGUCCACAAGAAGAAUCAAAGAACUUGAGGAUACAAUCAAAGUCAUAAAUAAAAAAUUAUCUUCUGCAGAACACGACAGAGAUGUCCUGAAGAGAGAAAAGGAGCAGCUCAGUGUGGAAAAGAGACAAAUAAUUGAAGAGUGUGAAACCUUGAAAGUGGAAUGUAGUAAAUUGCAGCCCUCUGUGAUGGAGCAGAGUGAUCCUGCUGCAGAAAAGGGAACAAUUUCUCCACAGAGUUCAUCAGUGGGAGAAGUGUUCAGACUCCAACAAGCCCUGUCUGAUGCUGAAAAUGAAAGAAUGAGACUGAGUAGUUUAAGACAGGAUACCAGCCUUGCUGAAGACAAUCAGAAACUUCAAAUACAUGUGCAAGUUUUAGAAAAAGAGAAGUCAUUAUUGAGUCAAGAAAAGAAAGAACUUCAGAUAUCACUUUGCAAACUGAGCUGGGAAUAUGAAGUCAUUAAAAGUAUGGCUUCAACAGACAUGUAUUUGAAUGCACAAAUACAAGACUUAACACUGAACUUGGAGGCUAAGGAGCAAGAGCUGUAUGAGAGUAUUAACGAAAAGGAAAUGCUGAUAGCUCAGUUAGAAUAUCUGUACAAUGAACACCGGGAAGCCACAAAGCACAUGAAUUGGAUAAUAGAUGAGCUAUCAAAACAGCAAAAUGAAGGAGAUGGUCUAAUCACGAAAUUGAAACAAGAUCUAGAUGACAAAAAAGAGAGAGUUCAUCAAUUUGAGGAGGAUAAAAUGGACAUAACUAAAGAGUUGCAUGUAGAGAAAGAAAAGUUAACUGAGAGUGCACUGAGCCUCCGUGAUUUGCAUUUAACCAAGCAGAAGCUUGAAGAUAAAGUCGAAGAUUUAGUAAAUCAGCUAAGUCAGUCACAAAAAAGUAGUUUAAACAUCCAGCAGGAAAACCUGGAACUUAAGGAAUACAUUAGCCAAAAGGAAGAGGAUAUUAGAGUUCGGAACGAGUUAAGACAUGCUAUUAAUGAAGACUCUCAUUUUAAGGAUGACUUGUUAAAAGAAGGGGAAGUCGAAAUUACAAACUUGAAGCAAAAUCUUGCAGAAGUAUAACAGCUCAAUGAAAAUUUAAAGAAAGUUGCUUUUGAUCUGAAAACGGAAAAUGACAAGUUGAUUUCAGCAUGUGAAGAUGUAAGGCAUCAGUUGGAAGAAUCUAUUGCUGGUAACAACCAAAUUUCUCUAGAAAAAGACACUAUUAUGGAGACGCUGAAAAGAGAGAAAGAACAGAUACAAGUAGAACUGUGUCAGGCCAAAAAGAGACUGUUGGAAGAGGCAAACAAUUACAGGCAGACUAUUCAGGAACUCUCAAAUGUAUGUAAUUGGAAUACCUCUGUCUUACAGCUGGAACAGGAGCGUGUAGUGCAACUCAGUCAAGAGAAAGACUUUGAAAUAACAGGACUCAAGAAGAAUAUUGAGCAAAUGGUUACUGAUCAAAAAGAAACUAAGGAAAUAUUGACAUCUUGUUUAGAAGAACAGAAGCAAUUGAUGCAACUUAUAAAUGAGAAAGAAGUUUUUAUUGGCCAACUCAAACAAGAAAGUUCAGAACUGCAAAAGGAUUUAGAUAAGUGUUCUCAGGCCUUAAAACAAAAUGAAACUUUAAGGCAGACCAUAGAGGCAAAAGACAGAAGUCUUAGCUCCACGAAAGAAGAAAACAAACAUCUGCAAGAAGAAUUGGAAAGACUUAGGGAACAGCGGAAUCGAGUUGGAGCUGUGGCUGAGCCUCAAACCCUCGAUAGUAUCACAGAACUAGAAUCUGAGGUAUCUCAACUGAAUGUCAUCAAGAAUCAUCUGGAAGAGGAAGUUACACAUCAUCAAAAGGUCAUUGAAGAUCAAAACCAGAGUCAAAUGCAACUACUUCAGUCUCUACAGGAGUAGAAGGAGGAAAUGGAUAAAUUUAAAUACCAGUAUGAGCAGAUGAAGGCUGCACAUACCCAACUGAUUUUUAAAAAAGACAAGGAAAUUAAGAAUUUGCAGAAAACCAUGGAACAAAUAAAAGCCCAGGGGCAUGAAGAGAGACAUGACAUUCAAACAGAGAAUGCUGAUAGUUUUCCAGAAACAAAAGUGAAAAGCCUUAAUAUAGAAAAUGGGAGUGAAAACCAUGCCAUAUGUAAAGCCAAAAUGGAAAAAUUUGUGAAAAGAAUCAAAGAACGAAUACUUGAGAUUCAACUUUGUAAUUCAAAGAAUGUAUCUUUAACCAAACAGAUCGAUCAGCUGUCUAAAGAUGAGGUUGAGAAACUCACUCAAAUUAUCCAGCAGAAAGAC